AUGGUUUCCCGCCCUGAGGCACAUUUACAAUUUGCAAUACAGGCCCACGGAAAGCAAGAAAGGAAAACCAAGAGGAAAAGAGGCUUUAACGGCAUCCAAACACAAAUUCAACUAUCCCUGGCGAUAGAUACCGUCCCUCACCUGCCGUCCUCCCAGUAUCCUGGCCCGAUGGGAAGUCCCGCGUCAACAACCUUCAGACGGACGGACAUCUUAUGCCGCAAUCUUCCCCGACUUCUUGCGUACCUCAAUUUGGUCAAAUACUCCCGUCUUCCGCGGUUCGCUCCAUCCUGGCCCCAAACUCCCCUCUCGUGGGCACUGCCAACUUGGGAGAGCAGAUCCCCGGCUGGGCUUGAGAUAGGACAUCUGUGGUGGAAACAUCACACACGCACACUCAACUGUUACUGCGUACGGAUACUGCGCCUGUCCGUGCCUCCUCACCGCACGCAGCAGGACCUGACACGGCCAACCGCCAGAGGCACCGGUAUCGCGGUUUUCGGGACCUCCGCCGCCCUACAGUCAGCAGGUAGCCAGUGGAUUGCUUCAACUCUCCUCUGGUUGGAUGCCACUGCCGGCCCUCUCCACUCGUCAGCGGGGAUCAUGAACGUCAGGAGAGCGAGAGAGAGCAACCUGGAACUAUCUCAGACUCUCACUCUCACUGAGUUACCUUCAUUUCGGCGCCAAUCGCCUGGCAUCCACGACAAGGCGACCCUCACUGCCUUCACUCUCCAUUCGCAAGCGGAUGAACAGCCCUGCAUCUUUCUGCAACCUGCCACUAGAACCGCACACUACUGCAGAGUCACAGGAGGACCUCACCCUUGGGGCGGCGGGCCUGCCAAGUCAUUGACAGUUGAACGCUGGACUCUACGGAAUAGAGUGACUGGGCUCGCUCAAGCAUCCUGCACGUUGUCAAAACAAGCCGCCAAAAGCCCGCGCACAAGCCAGACAGAGUUCACACUUGCCAUUUGCAGUCAUAACCUUCACAUUUAG